AUGAGCUGCAGCAUCAAGAGAACGUCCAGCACCUCGUACAGGAGCGGAGGAGGAGGUGGAGGCGCCUGCGGCGGCGGCAGCGGCCGCAGCUCCUCGGUGUCCUGCCGGCGCUACGCCUCCUCCGUCAUCGGGGGCAGCUUCGGCGGGGGCUGCGGGGGCUUCGGGGGCGGCCUGAGCAUGGGCAGCCUGGCCGGGGGCUUUGGCGGGGGCUUUGCGGGCAGCUGCGGCCCCGGCGGGGACCUGCUGCUCAGCGGCAAUGAGAAGCUCACCAUGCAGAACCUCAACGACCGCCUGGCCUCUUACCUGGACAAGGUGCGAAGGCUGGAGGAGGAGAACGCCCAGCUCGAGCACCACAUCCGCGAGUGGUACAGGAAACAAGCUCCCAGCGUCUCCAAGGACUACAGCUCCUACUACCAGACCAUUGAACAACUCCAGAAUCAGAUUAUAUCUGCCACUGUGGACAAUAACAGAAUGCUUCUUGACAUCGAUAACAGCAAGAUGACUGCCGAUGACUUCAGAAUGAAGUAUGAGAAUGAGCUGGUCAUCCGUCAGACCGUGGAGGCUGACAUCAAUGGCCUCAGAAAUCUCAUGGAUGACCUGACUCUGGUUAGAUCUUCACUGGAAUCUGAGCUGGAGUCCUUGAAGGAUGAGCUGAUUGCUCUCAAGAGAAACCAUGAGGAGGAAAUGAGGCAGCUCCAGUCCCAAACUGGUGGCGAUGUGAGCGUGGAGGUCAAUGCUGCCCCUGGACAAGACUUGACAAAGAUCCUGAAUGACCUGAGAGAUGAAUAUGAGCAGAUCAUUGAGAAGAACCGCAGGGAGGUGGAGCAGUGGUAUGAGGUCAAGAUCCAAGAAGUCAAUCAGCAGGUCACUUCCAGCAGCCAGGACAUCCAGACCAGCAGCCACCAGCUCUCCGAGCUGAGGCGUGAGAUGCAGAACCUGGAGAUCGAGCUGCAGGCACAGCUCAGCACGAAAAGCUCUCUGGAAAACUCCCUGUCGGAAACCGAGUCUCGCUACAGCUUCCUGCUGCAACAAAUCCAGACUCAGGUCAACUGCGUGGAGGAGGAGCUGGGCAGCAUCCGCUGUGAGAUGGAGGGUCAGAGCCAGGAGUACAAGAUGCUCCUGGGCAUAAAAACCCGCCUGGAGCAGGAGAUCCAGCAGUACCGGGCACUGCUGCAGGAGGGGCAGCAGGAUCUUGUUACCUCCCAAGGACCUUUCCAAGGGGGUGGAAAAUCCUCCCAGUCAUAUUCUGCUUCCUACUCUCAUUCCCAGUGUGGAGACAUGUCAGGGCAGUCAAGAGUGUGCUAGGGCACAGGAGGGACCCUGGCACCGUCCAGCUGCCAUGCACUGACCACGGGCAGCGAGACACCCGAGAGUUUCUGCAGCACGGCCGAGGCAGCGGGAAGGGUUUGGAAGAUGAGCCUGGCCCCCUGCCCCAGCACCCCCUCCUCCACCCUGCAAUGCUUGGCUUACUCAGCUUGUCUUUGGCAACUCAUUCUUUGUUAAAGGGCUCACACUCUGCUGGUAAUUCUGCUCGAAUAAAGCUUUAUGUCUGCAAU